ACCCACAAUCCUUAGCGUCAAAAGAGGCAACACACUAGCACAACAUGUGUUUGUGUCAUGGCGGCGCCCGUUGGAAAGAUGGUUGGAGUGUGUGAUGAUUCUUCUAGUAGUGAGGAUGAAGAUCUUGAAAAGUUUAAGGAGGCAGUUUGGGACAACCAGGCGGCCAAGACGACAGAUGCAGAGAGCAAUGGGAAGCAUUCAGGACGUGUCGUCGUAUCUGAGCAUGAACACGAUGGCAACGAGCUCCAGGUCACCCAAGGGUUUCGAACACACGUCGCCAAAAAGUUGGGACAGUUCCUUGACAGUUACAUUUCAGAGACGCAAGCUGCGACUCCAUCCAGUGUCGAAUCACCGAGAUGUGAUGAGAGUGAUGAGGGAUUUCGUCUGUUUUCAACCUCAAUCCCAGGACAGAUCCCAGCUCAGCCCACAGCCCCUGUGAGGCGCCGGCCCGUUCCCAGCUCAAGUGACAGCGACAGCGAGAUGGAGACGAGGCUGAGGGAGGCAGCAGUGUCAGUCGCAGACCUCCUACCGUCCUCGUCGCUGCCCAGCACGCUCUCCUCUCCCACGAUGGAGCCUCCCUGCACAGACAAAGUAAAGAAAAAGAAAAAGAAGAAAAAGAAACAAGCAGAGGAGACCGAGCAGAACCCUGUCCAUAAGAAAGAGAAAAAAAGGAAAGUGAAUCAAGAGGAGGGUGAAGAGGUAGUGAGGAAGUUGAACUCUGCAGGGUCUGAACAUGAAAAUUCAGAGGAGGGGAGCAUACAACCCAAAGUCAAAAAGAAAAAGAAAAAGAAACAAAAAGCCACAGAAGGAAAUGCGGAAGGAGAUGCCUUGAACUGAUACCCUUGUGACUAAUUUGUUGUUGUUAUUGGAUGUUUGGUUUUGUUCCAAAUCUGCUAUUUGCUGUCAGAAAUUACACUAUUUUUCGUUGCGAUACAUAAUUUAGACGCAGGUCCACAUACAUUCCCGUUAUGAGAGAAUAAAGGUGUUGACAAAUGAUAAGCAUUUUUUCUUAUGCUUUUGAUUGUUCUUGAAAUAGUCUUGUCAUAGAAGAUUUGCAUAAAGUUUUCCAAAGUUAUUUCCAUUAAUCCCCCCAUUUUCAAUGCAGUUACAUUAAUUGUUCCACUUUACUAAAGAAGCAGUUUACAUGAUGUAUAGGCAGCAUACACAAUUCAUGAGUGUUCAUUACAAAAUGUAUUUUUUUAAUAAAAAUACUAAAUGUAUUUUUUAAUAAAAAUACAUUUUGGUGUUGA